AUGACUGUGACGAACAAGCGAAGGAAACAAGAUGCACUUGCUGUAAAAACAAGAAAAAUAAGUCAGUUUCGGAUAUUUUCUGUGUUUCUGGUAAAUGCCCGUGCCACAAAGUAAACCACUCUUGUACCCGCUCGUGUAGAUGUUACAAUUUCAAAAAUACAUGCAAUUCCAAUGAAGUUGUGAAGGUAAAAAAGAGUCCGAAGAGAGGCUGUAGUUGCGGAGUUGGACAAAAGAGCAAAGGCCGAAUUGUCCGUGUGUAGCGGGUGGCUUAGGAUGCACCGAAGUCCGCAGAUGCUUUAAUUGUGGAAACAUUGUUAAAGCUCGAGCUGACCCGGGAAAAACCCUAAAACGAAAGAAGCGAAGUAGGGCGACUGUCUCUCCAUAUAAGAGGAAAAGGGAUCAUAGUUCAUGA